UCAGUCUGCGUCUACUGUAACAUGCACAGCGUGAACAAUCGGCUCUCUGGAGACCCUCCAGGAUGAUCGAGGCGUUUCCAGCCGCCGUCUGGACUCCGGAUCUCCGGCAGCACUGAGCUCGGCCCUGCGGCACCGAACAUGGAGCGACUUCAACAAGAUGAGGAUGAAAACGGGUGGAGCGCAGCCGGGAUGAAGAACACACCCGAGUCUGGCUCGAGAGGAUGUUCUUUUUUCUUUCCCUUUUAACUGGAGUCUCUUUUUCUCUUUAAAGCGGGGAUGCAGAAGGAGGAUCCUGGAUUGUGGAAAUAAUUUCCAGAUGAUUCCGACUUCAGGGAGACUGGAAUGUCUCUGACUUUCGAUCUGAAUCAAUUGUCGGGAACAAAAGCAAGGGACAAAGUUGUGUUUUUUGCCUCGAUUUGAUUGAAAGAAUCACAGAGAGAGAGAGAGAGAGAGAGAGAGAGAGAGACUAUACCUUUAACCCCUUCAUCCUUUUUUUUUUCUUCUUGACUCACAAAACCAGCUUGCAUCAUUCUUUCUUUCUUUAUUUUAUUUUAUUUUAUUUUUUGGACUGCUAUUUAAACUUGACCACCACUUUAUCUUCAUCUUAUUCAUCAACAUCAAUUAUAGCUCAUAUUGACUAUAUGUAUAUAUGUUUGUUUGUUUGUUUGUUUGUUUAGAAAUCCAUGUACAUUUCCGACACUUCAGUGUUCAUUGUGAAAGAAUUAAAACAUCCUGAUUUUUUCCCCCUUAAAAUUCUAUUCUUAUGAAGAUGGAUAACAGACAGUCAGGAGACAUGACAGUCUUCCAUGUGGGCCUUUUUGCUUUGGUUCUGCUCAGUCCGGUUACUGCCGCUCAGAGUGAGGAGAGGGAGUGUGCGUACACGGAACACCACGAUCCGUCCAAGCGCAUUGAUGGAGGAGGAGAGGGGCGUGUCUUUCUGGAAAACAACACCAUUCGCUGCAGCCAGGGUGGGUGGUGCUACGGAUUGUGGGAGAAAAAAGAGAACGGCGUGCAUCUGGUGAAACAAGGUUGCUGGGGGUUUGACCAGCACAUGUGCCAUGACGACCAUUGCCAGGUGACGGAGCGAUAUUCUCCAAAAUCAAAGCCGUCCCAAAACCAAAAUGGCACCUACCGUUUCUGCUGUUGCAGCAAGGACAUGUGCAACCUGAACUUCACUGAGGACUUUCCGCCACCUAGACCCACCUCCGCACCGCCAGUCCCCACUCACCAUCUCUACCAAGAGGAGGCCAUCUUGAUUACCUUGGCAACUGUCUCCAUGGUAUCUGUCCUGGUUGUGCUGGUCUGUUUUUGCCUCCGUGUACUGAGAGGACGUGGUAAACAGAGUCUCCAUAACCUGAAUGUGUUGGAAGCUGCUUUUUCUCCUCCAUCGCUGGACCUGGACAAUCUCAAGCUCCUGGAGCUGAUUGGGCGUGGCCGGUACGGAUCGGUGUACCGUGGCUCCCUGGAUGAGCGUUCUGUGGCGGUUAAAGUGUUCUCCAGCUGCAAUCGGCAGACGUUUGUUAACGAGCGAUCCAUCUACCGCCUCCUACCGGACCACGACAACAUCACACACUUCCUGGAGACGGAGGAACGAGUCGGAAGCGACGGACAGCCCGAGUACCUGCUGAUCAUGGACUAUUACCCGCAUGGUUCUCUCUGCACAUAUCUGAGCAUGAGGACACUCGACUGGUUGAGCUGCUGCCGCCUGGUCGUCUCUAUCACCAGAGGACUUGCUUACCUUCACACGGAGCUGGUGAAAGGAGAUGUGUACAAGCCUGCCGUCUCCCACAGGGACUUGAACAGCAGGAACGUCUUGGUGAAAGCAGACGGCUGCUGUGUGAUCAGUGAUUUCGGCCUGUCCAUGGCUCUGACAGGAAAGAGACAAUCGGGUCAUGCAGAGGAGGACAGCACGGCCAUCAGCGAGGUGGGCACAGUGCGGUACAUGGCUCCUGAGGUGCUGGAGGGAGCUGUGAAUCUGCGAGACUGCGAGGCUGCACUAAAACAAGUGGAUGUUUAUGCUCUUGGUCUGCUGUACUGGGAAAGCUUCAUGCGCUGUGCCGAUCUCUUCCCAGGCGAAUCCGUGCCCACGUUCCAGCUGGCCUUCCAGGCUGAGGCGGGGAAUCAUCCGUCCAUAGAGGAAAUGCAGGCACUGGUGUCCCGCCAUAAACAGAGACCCAAAUUUCCUGAAGCCUGGAAGGAGAACAGUCUGGCUGUGCGCUCUCUGAAGGAGACGAUGGAGGACUGCUGGGAUCAGGACGCCGAAGCUCGGCUCACGGCUCAGUGUGCGGAGGAGCGCCUGGCUGAACUGCUCGUCCUCUGGGAACGAGAAAAAUCCACAAGUCCAGCUGUAAACAUCAGCACAGCUCUGCACAGUCACAGGAACUUUUCACAUGGACAGCAAGCACCAAAGACCGGCGCCUACCCAGAAACCUCAUCUUCAGCUACUGCUGAGGAGAGACAGGGUGGAGCUAAACCUCCUCUCAGUGAUGAAUCUACAGAACCUGUGCUGAUGGGAGGAGCUGCAGAGAAGAACAGGAACUGCAUCAACUACGAGCGUCAACAGGCCCAAUCUGGGAUGUCAGGGCUUGAUGGUGCCACGCCCGUCCCUCUCUCUAAACCCGUCCCAGUGGCGAGCGGCGGCUGUCCCCCCCAUACCCAGCUCACCCAGGAGGACCUGGAGAUCCCUAAACUGGACCUGAGCGAGGUGCAGCGGAACCUGCGUGAGAGCUCCGACGAGAGCCUGAUGGAGCACUCGCAAAAACAGUUCAGCUCUGGUGAAACGGCGAGCUCACACAGUCCCUUCUACCCGCUCGCAGAUAUGGAGGCUGAUAUCACGGGGUCACAGGUUGCCACGCCCACAUCCAUCCUGCCCAAGCAGCAAAAUGUCCCGAAGAGACCCAGCAGUCUGAGCUUGCAUUCUAAAUCUGCUGCGGCUUCGUCUCUCAGGAUGAAGUUCAGCAAGCUGAGCAAAAGCAAUCUGAAGAAAGCUGAUGUGGGCGUGGUCAGAACUAAAUCCGCUCAAGAGCCACACCCAGUUAAAGUUAUUGCCAACAACGCAGUCUCCUCAAUAAUGAAUUUAUCUACGCAGGUGCCACCAGGGGGUGCUGUGAGCUCGGCUGAAUCUCAGGGUAAAGACGGUCCGAGCUCAGAUGAGAUGAGCUUCGGAAUCCUGACCGCCAGUCCAGACGAGCAGGAGCCCCUGCUGAGGAGAGACACGCAACUGGAAAACAACACCAACAACAACAACAGCAAUAACAACGGCGGAGACGGUGAGGGCGACGGAGAGAGUGAGGUCGGAGCCGGAGAAGGAGGAGAGACCGGCGAGAACACCGCACCUGUCGGAGAGACUUCCUCCUCAGCUGUAACAGAACCUCCUGCACUGCCUCCUCAACACCCACCUGCCCUGCCCAUGACCACGCCCGAACCGAAGCCCGUGGCACAGACACAGGAGGAGGCACUGCUCAGGCAGAACCGUGGACGCAGACCAGAGAGACCGAACUCACUAGAUCUGUCCAUUACUACGCUGCCCUUACUGGGAGGCCAUUCAGACUGUGAUGGGAAAGAGGGAUCAGGAGACAAGAUUAAAAAACGAGUGAAGACCCCCUAUGCUCUGAAGAAGUGGCGUCCGGCGACUUGGGUCAUCACGACGGACACACUGGACGCCGAAGUGAACAACAACAAGUUUCCCGGAGGUCAGAACCACAGCGCUGGAACCAGCAGACCCAAAUCAGCCUCUGCGGUUUACCUGAGGGGCCAAGGGGGCGUGGCCUCCGGCUUCACCUCCGACCCAAAGGACUGCACCUUUUAAAGCUCAGAUUUCCUCAGAAACCCUUUUAACAUCUUUUGACAGAUCCAUACUCGAUCCAGGGGCAUUCCAGGAUGUCAAGCUUCACGAAAUCCAGUGGAGGAUCAUCGAUGCACUUGGACUGUGGAAAGAAAUCUCUGAAUAAGUACAGUUCAGUGCCAUUGAUUUAUCUCAUCUCUCUGAUGCGUGUUUAUGUCGGGGGGAGGGGUUUCGUGUUGCACUUGAACGUGAGGGCUGAUUUACGCUUCUGCAUUGGACGUCAUAUUUACAUGUAAUAUAUAAACAUGUACACUAGGGGGCAGUGUCGCACGUACAAACUCAGAUUGUCCUGGAGUGGAGAGAAUCGAGCUGAGAGACGUGAUAUACAUUUUCACUCCUCAGAGGUGCCAACAUUUAUAAUUCAGCUGAUACUGAGUCCUCCUUAAGGCGAUACGGGAGACAACUAGAAGCGUCACGUUUAUGCUUUUUUCCGAACUAAAAAUUCACGCACGCAAAAAAGGAGUGGAAAGGAUACAGGACGUAAAACGCAUGCAUUUGCAUCUGAUGGCAGUGGUUAUCGCUUUGCAUCAACUUUAUUUCGACGCUUUAUGAGUCUGCGAGCCAAUAGGAAACAAGUGGGCGGGGCUUUGGGCUUUUUUUGGUCUGAAAAAAUGAAGUCUGGAUUUUUGCGUCGCCAUUUUCUUACUGGAAAAAAAUUAACCAAGUCAUCCACCAUUCAGCCAACUUCUGUUUUGUUUUCUUUGGGUUUUUUUUUUCUUCUGGCGUCUACGAUUAUCUGGUUAGCGAUGUUGGCGAACAAGGUAUGCGAUGGAUUCGAUUCUAACGUCACACCUCGCUUGCCAGUGAUCCUCCAAUUUGUUUUUGUUUUGGAGUUUUUAUUCUUCAUCUCAUUCUCAUCUCAUUAUCUCUAGCCGCUUUAUCCUUCUACAGGGUCGCAGGCAAGCUGGAGCCUAUCCCAGCUGACUACGGGCGAAAGG